AUGGCUUCAAAAGUCUCAUGUUUGUAUGUCCUGACGGUUGUUUGUUGGGCAAGUGCUCUUUGGUACUUAAGUAUAACACGUCCUACUUCAUCCUAUACCGUCCACAGAACUUACCACAGCACCUCAAUAGCUAGGAAAAAUGUCUCCUUUGGCAAUAUAAGAACUCGACCAAUAAAUCCCCACUCGUUUGAUUUUCUCAUAAAUGAGCCUGAGAAGUGUGAGAAGAAUGCCCCUUUUCUGGUCAUUCUGAUCAGCACAACUCAUAAAGAAUUUGAUGCGAGACAAGCCAUUCGAGAGACAUGGGGAGACGAGAAUAACUUCAAAGGCAUUAAGAUUUCCACUCUCUUUCUUCUGGGGAAAAACACAGACCCUGUGUUAAAUCAGAUGGUAGAACAAGAAAGUCAGAUUUUCCAUGACAUUAUUGUGGAGGAUUUCACUGACUCUUAUCAUAACCUGACUCUGAAAACUUUAAUGGGAAUGAGGUGGGUGGCUACGUUUUGUUCAAAAGCCAAAUACAUCAUGAAAACAGAUAGUGACAUUUUUGUCAACAUGGACAACCUUAUUUACAAGUUGCUAAAACCCAACACCAAGCCAAGGCGAAGGUAUUUCACUGGUUAUGUCAUCAAUGGAGGCCCAAUCAGGGAUGUCCGUAGCAAAUGGUACAUGCCUAGGGACUUGUAUCCUGACAGCAACUACCCACCAUUUUGCUCGGGCACUGGCUACAUUUUUUCGGCAGAUGUAGCAGAGAUGAUUUACAAAACCUCCCUCCAUACUAGACUUCUUCAUCUUGAAGAUGUAUACGUGGGACUCUGUCUGCGGAAGCUUGGCAUCCAUCCUUUCCAAAACAGUGGCUUUAAUCACUGGAAGAUGGCCUACAGCCUGUGUAGAUAUCGGCGUGUUAUCACAGUGCAUCAGAUCUCGCCUGAAGAAAUGCACAGGAUUUGGAACGACAUGUCAAGCAAGAAGCAUCUCAGAUGCUAGGACAUUUUACAGAUGUAAAUACUUUGGUUUUUUGUGAAGUCUUUUUUCACCUGAGUAGAGAGAAAAUCAGAUAUUGGACAAUGAGAGAUUAACUUUCAAGACAGGAAAGUCUUUAAUAUGUGUUGUCUGCUUGUUCUUUACAGCUUUUACUUCUGGUUUACAAACCACGGGCUCUAUUCAUGAUGGUCUUAUUUAUACCAGUCAAAAGGUUAGAGUCGCAUCUGUCGUAUCCAGUUUCACAACUGUGUUCAUAAGAUGACAAAUGACUGCUAGAAAUGGUAUAAUCUGUUCUCAUUACACAUCUGGAAUAGGAACUUGAAAACAAAGAUGAGCAACAUGAGGCUCCCUGGGGCUUUUUCAUGUAACUUGCAAGUUCUUGUUAAAAAUCCCAAGAACCCCAGCUUUCAUUUUAAAAACAAAGAGACGGAGCCUCAUGCUGUCUGAGACGAAUUUGAAUGUGCAGAGCUGAGCAGUUUUAGGAUCAUCUUCUGUUCUAAACUAGAUGUCUGCCUAAGCUAUCACAGAAGAUCAAUCUCAAGUAUAGUGUUUAGUGCCCACGCAAAUAAAACAAGACUAUACAGUCAUUUCUGAUUUUACAGCUGGAUUCCAAAGGGUCCCAUGUAGGCUUUUGCACAUGAGCCAGAACACUUCCUGCUUUCCUUCCGACAGCAACCUCUCCCUUCCCUAGACUCUGAGGGACCUCUUAGAAACGGCAUCCAGGAAACUCCCUAUGAAUGGAUAGAAUCACUUUUUGGUGCACAUGGGGCUCUUGGGAUCCCAGCUUUUGCUGUAGUCCUACCAGUCUCAGAGAUGGAUAUACUUGUCCCCAGAUAUGAUAUCAGGUUUUGCUUUUUAAAACAAACACACAGUGGGCCGCAUUCAGACUAGUUUUCUGUUUGUGGUACUAUAUGUCAUUUCCACAAGAGGGAAGGGUUUGGGUUGUUAAACCCUUUUUGCUGAUUCCCCCUUUCCACUACUGCCCCCUAUCCCCCCUCCAUUUGCCUUUGAGGGUUGGGAGACUUUCAGGAGCAGGUUUUGGAGGGGCACAGGAAACUGCAGAGGGAAAGGGGGAAUGGUGAACAUUGCCCUCCCACCUCCUUGCAAGAGUGAAACAUACUCCCAUGAAUGGAAGGUUUGUCUGGAUGUUGCCCACUGUCAUCUUUUCCUCACACCAAAGGCAAAAUGAGGCUGUAGAAGACAUUGAUAAUACUAAGAGAGAGCAGAAAGCAUGUGCCAAUAUAUAUAUAUAUAUAUAUAUAUAUAUAUAUAUAUAUAUAUAUAUAUAUUUACAAGCAGCAAAUUUCAUACAUAUUAAAAAUGGUAAAGGUAUUAAAAGGUAUCAACUUCCUUUUUGAGAAAGUAAAACAUCUAUUUUGUAAAUCAAAAUCAUGUCCCAUUUUAGAACAGUUGGUAGAGAGAGCAUUAAAAAAUCAGUAUGAAUUCCAUAAUGAUUAGGAUGGAAGAAGUAAGCAAUAGCAUUAAACAAGCAGAAUGUUAACUGAACAUCUUAAUCUACUGAGGAUGAAAACAACUCCACAACCAACACUUUGGGUAGUACAGUGUUAAACACACAAUAGUUCAUUGCAGCUGUCGGGAUUUCCUACCCUCCUCCGUAAGACAGGGUAAUUUACCCAGUCAAAUGGCAGUGUGCCGAAAGAAGCAGAGGGCUCCAGGCGCCAGGACAACCCCAGUAAUUACCUUUCAGAAGUCAGGAAAGGCUCAGAGAGGCGGGCAACAGAAUGGCGGAGAUAGAAUAGCGAUGAUAUCAGUUCCACAGCUGCAGAUGUGUGUAGAAAUGCUAGUGAAGCAGGUGGAGUUGGAGAACAAGUCCUCUUGGGAGGCCAGGGAUUGGGUGGCCGGGCCAGGGGAAAAGAGCAAGUUGGAAGGCGGGAGGAGUGUCCUAAAUGCAGGGCUUUAUUUAAGGCAGGGGCUGCCAGAAAUGAGACGAUUAGCAGGGAUGGGGUUUGUUGGUCUGGUGGACUCCCAGAAAGGAGCUCAGACCUUUGCUCCCACUGAUAGGCGAAGGAGUGGAAUGACUGUAUUUCCCUCCUCCCACAACUCUGAGGCAAUGCCCGUGCCUAUAAUUUAGUGCGAGGGGGUGGGAAGGUUAAUUAGAGAAUUCUUCCUCCCUAAAUACAGACAGCAGCAUUUUAUAUUUUAAAGGGCCCUAGUGUUUUUCAAGUACAAAGGGCUGCCCAGAACUGUAUUCAGUAGAGAUCAGCAUAAUUAGUUUUUUCAGCAAUUAAGAGAACCAUGAGCUAAAUAGAGAGGCAAUCCAAGAAGGAAAGAUUAUAUAUUAAGUCAGUUUUUCUCUUCCUUACUCCCUGUGUGCCAUUCUCUAACACUGAUUAGAUUUACUUCAUUUGUUAAAGCCAGGAGCCAUUAAAAUUUGACAGAAGCAGUGAGAACUAUAUCAUAAUAAGAUUUUUUAAAAACAGCAAUAUCUUUUUUUUUUUUUAAGGUCACAAAAUCAAAUAUCAGUUUGGCAGCAGUUUAUGGGCCAAACCAGAUUUGACAGGAACUCCCAUCUUUUUUUCAAGAAGUUGCCACACCCCAACUGGAUCAGAGUUGCCAUGCAGGGGGUCACCCUUUACCCAUCACAGAUUCCAUGAUUUAUCUUCCGUCCAGAAGCAGCUGUUAGCCAUGGAUUGGAAUAUUUAUGGGCACAAAUGUCCUCUCCAUUGCUAGUAGCCAUUGGAGAGAUUAUUUGGCUUGAAGCCACACCUCCGUGUACCCUUUCAAGUUGUUUUUUAAUGAAAACAUUGGGGAGAAUUCCAGUCACAGAACUCCACAACAUAUCUAUUCUGGCCCUAUACUUUUCCUAAUUUUACCAGUAGCUGAAGCCAACAAAGUAACAUCAUAGACUAUCCCCAUCCACUAACAGUUUGAUUUUUUCCCUGAUUACUAGAAUUGAAGGGCUUUCUGAUGAGAAUAAUUCAUCCUUGAGGUUUGCACAAAUAAAGAGUACAGUUCAAAAGAUUAUGCAGCAAAUCCUGAACUCAUUCUGCUUUGCAUAUGCUAUACUUUAGUUUGACUGGAAACUAAGUUUGAUAUCAAACUAAGUUUAGUUUGAUAUUUCAGAUUCACUGGGAAUAUCAGAUAGGGAGCAGAAAGUGCAUUUUUUCUCUUUCUGCUCCCUACCUGAUAUUCCCAGUGAAGCUGACAGUGAAUCAAAAGGUUAGACUCCUUCCAUCACAAUACUAAUGUGUAGACUGGAGUGCCUUGAACAUCUUUUAUAUUUUAGAUCGCAUCCAACUGUGCCUGGUGCUUUUUGGAAUCAGCACUCUCUAGCCCAACAGGUGAUCAGUUCUGUGAACUCUGGCAGUACCAACCACCGGGAGGAUACAGGUGUUAGAAUAUCAAAUUUGACCAAUUGAGGUACCUUUUUCUCCCCCAGAUACCUAAAAGGCAGUUGAUUCUGUCAGAACUGGUAAGCUGUUAGAUAGACAGGAAGGUGGGGUUCACUGAAUACAUCAGUUGUGCUAUUUUAGGCAUCCUCCCCUACUUCAGGAUGCCCAGUGGGUGUUUUGAUUAGUCUUCAUUCCCUAGCUCAAACUGCUUCUGAAAGUCACCUGAGUUUCAACAGCCAUUUGCCAUGUGGCAUGAUGAGCGCCUGCUGUUUGAGAAACACAAACCCAAAGCUUGAGCAUGUGGAACUAGUAGCAAAACACAUGGGAUCAGCUUUCUUACACAUUUGAUUCUCUGGAAUCAGAGGGGAUUUUUCUGAUAUAAAUGAAGGAAGGAAGUAUUACUGACUCUCCCAUACAGCACAGAUUUAUAGCAUCUGUAUAAUUAUUCAAAUGCUCAGAGUUAGUACUCAGUUAUUUGGCCAAACUACAUUUGAUGUUUAAUUGCAUGUAGCUAUUCUCCAGCUCUUAAACAUGCACGCACGCACGCAUGCACACGCGCGAACACACACACACAGAGCCACGGAUUCAGGGCCAAUACUGGAAGUCAGCAUUGGCCCACAAGUUCCUCUUGCCCAGGACCUUCUGAGGGCUGAUAUCUGAGACCAUCUCUGUGCUCCAACCUUCAUUUAUCAGUAGCAGAACAACUUUCUCAGCCAAGAGUUACUCUGUUAACAGUAUUGUUACAGCACCUCACAAUCUGAAACUAACUAAAACUUCUCAGACAGAAUAUUCAGAAGUCAAACUUUGAUAUUUAUUUUUAUCGUCAUCAAAUACAGAAAGUAAAGCUAUGAAAAACAAUUUGAACAUGAAAUUAUAUGCAUCAGAAAAAAGGGAGGACAAGCACUGUAAAACAAACAAGAUUUUAUGCCUCAUACUGUACAUGUUUUUUCUUUUCACAUUUCUAUAUGCUUUACUAGUUUUAGUAGAUUUCUGUAUUGUUUAACAUUGAAAGCAGACAUUAUCAUAUCCCAGUACUGGAGAAAAUAAGUCCAGUUUUUCAGGAAGAAAUUCAGAGGCUGUAUAUUUUACCCUAAAUAGGUUUAUAAGGUUUUAUCAAGGAAUAUGAUAUUCUAAACAUAACACAGUUUUUUUCUUAUUUCUUUGGCAACUAGUAUAGUUUGUGUGAUGCAGCUGAGAAUAGCAAUUUUGUCAAAAGAUUUCACAAAGACUCUCCAAUGAAAAGGCAGGCCCUCCACAUCCACUCCCCAGCCCAACCAGUGAUACUUUCCAUCCAUGCUGAUGAGAAAUUCUGAAAAAAUGUCACACACAGAAUGGUUUUUAUCACAACUAAGAAUUUCACAUUUAAAAUGUAUCAGUUUUAGAGAUACACAUGUGCAAAUGUUGCUUUUAAUGUUUUCUUCUAAUGACAUAUCAUAGCUGCGCAUCAUUUUCUGCAUAUGUAUAUUGAAGUUGUGCCACUGUAUAACAUUACUAAAACUUUCAGUCAUUUCAGUCCAUAACUUGAAGAAAACAGACAGCCAAUAUGCACUAAAGCUAUAAUCCGAAGUGAUUAUCAUCAGUUGGAGUAUUGCCAUUGACUGUGGGAUGUAAUUUGUACAAAUGCCUUAUAUUUUGUUUUUGGCACAUUUUCCUUAAAGGCAAGAAAACUCUGCAAUCAAAGGCAGACAGAGUUAUGUCUGUUAAAGGAGAUGUUCAUUGAUCUUCAGCACACCCUUGCAAAUGGCUUGUUCUCACACAUAUCUCAUGUAUGUAAUGCACAUGCACAGUUGAACACGUUUUGUACUAAAGAAUUUAAAAACGUCUAGAGAUAAAGCCCUACAUAUUUUAUUCACAUGACUGGCUUUUAAAGGUGAAGAGAAUAUAGUAGUUUGUCAUAGGAACAUGAUGGUUUGGUAGAGACUUGCCAUAUCAGUUCCAAAAAAAUGAGAGCAGGUUCAUACAUUCAGUGGGCACAGUCUAGUGAUAUUUAACUCUAAUUAAGUCAUGUUGGAGGCAAUAGAAUUGGAAUUCACUGUAACUAACAAGGAAAUCAGACUCUCUCAUGACUAUCAUUUGCUGGAAUGUGCCCAAUGUCUGCAAUAUUAAAUGAAGGCUUGAUGUGUGAAAGCACCACAGAUUAAGUCUCACAAGUGGAGAUUUCAUAUCAUUUGAUAUCCAGAGUGAUGUAUGUGUGAAUGGACUCUGUGACAGGUGAUAUCCUUUUAGACUGCCAUCCAAUGAAAGCUCCUCUUUAGGAAGAAAGAAGUUCACUUAAACAUUCAAUGUACUGAUAGAAGAAAGCAAAAUAAAGUAAAAUCCAGAUGUUUUGAAAGGUAAAGUCAUGCCCUUAAUUUGGUGUCGACACCUGGCGACCACAGAGCCAGGUCGUUUUCUUUGGUAGCAUACAGGAGGGAUUUACCAUUGCCUCCUCCUGCCCAGUGUGAGAUGAUGCCUUUCUAUAUCACCUUCUUAUAUUGCUGCUGCCCAGUAUAGGUGUUUCCCAUAUUCUGAGAAACAUACCAGCAGGGAUUCGAGCCAGCAACCUCUUGCUCACUGGGCAAGUCAUUUCCCCACUGCGCCAUUAGAUGGCCCCUAGAUGUUUUAGGUAACUUCAAAAGUAUAUUUUAGGCAUGUAAACAUUUAAUAUUCUGCCUAAACCACCCAAGAUACCUGAAGUGCCAGCUUCAUAAUUUUGCAUAAGUAACAAGCAAACCAAUGGAUGCUCUAUCCACGCACACACUUCUGGUUGUGUGAUAUAGCCAAAACCAGCUGUAUAGUUAGUUGACAGGUAUGAUCGAGGAAGAUCAGUCACACACAAUACAAAAGGUGCAUGUGAAAGAUGAACAUGUACACUUUCAAAAUAAAGCUGAAGAAUGCAUAGGGAGGCAAAUGAAUCUUGCUUCAAAUUACAGGGCCUCAAUAAAUCAUCUCUUCUUUGAACACUUCUGUAAUCCUUUAUCAUUCCUCCACUCUAUGCACUGGACAUACAGAUCCCUUUGCCCUAAGAUCAACUGCCCUAAGAUUGCCUCAAGUCUGUUGACUACCAACCUGCUUGAAGCCACAUGAAAAUGGAUAUUGUAGGUGGGCUGCUGGUAGUUAUUGUUCCAUUUCAGCCAAUGCAGAACCCAUUAUAGUGGUGGAAGUAUCAGACUAGGACUGGAGAGGACCAAGUUCAAAUCCCUGCUCCACUAUAAAGCUUUCUGGGUAGCCCUAAGCAGUCACAAUUCCUCAGCCAAACAUAUCUCACAGGGCUGGGGAGCACCUUAAUCUCCUUGGAGGAAGGGCAAACUCAAAAUGCAAAUAAAUAAAUAAAUAUCCAUUCUGUGGCGGCUGCAGGAGUUCCUAUUGUAUAUCCUUUUCAUUGCUUUGAUAAGAGAACAUUAGCAGCUUGCACAGUUAAAAAUGUGUUAACUUUUCCUGACAUUCCUUAGCAGUUUUGAGCACCUCUUUCUCAUUGGUGGACAGAUGGUUAAUGGGAGAUAGCAAAUUACAAUGGAGCAGUCAAGAUCUGAAUUUAUCUUGGUGUUACUUUAUCCAUCUCAGGCACUUCUACAUGAUGACUUUCUGUCCUUGCACUGUAACAUCUACAAAAUGAUUGACCAUGUGACAGGGUCAUCACAUUUCUCUGCUUGCCUGGCCUGCCCUACACACACAUACACAUACACACACACACACACACACACACACACACACAGAGGCCAAUACUGAUGGAUCUGGUGUAGGGAAAACCGAUAACAUGACAAUGCCACAUCAUAUGGGGAGUGUUCGCGAAUGUUGAAAUGGCAGGGUGAAAACCCACCAUGAGAAAAGAACAUCUAAACUAGCUCUUUGUUGCAGCCUUCAGACAUAUAGGAUUCUACAUCACAUCCUUAGAGAUGCUGGUUGACUUUGAAAGACAUCCAGCUCUGUUGGCUUUCUCUUAUGGGUUAUUACUGGAAUCCAGUAAUAUGGAUUACUAUGGGUUCAAGGUAAUAUUGGAUCAGUCAUGUAGUAAUACAAAGAGAUGUAAUCAAUGAACAGUGUUAGAAAAAACCCAAUUCAAAUAAACAUGGAGUAGAUUCAGGCAUCACAGUAAACCAGAAGCUUGGCUGAACCGAUGGUUCCCAGAGCAUGUCCAUAAGCCUGACUUCCAGUGUCGGUUCAGCUAUGCCAACACUGGGUGUGUCGUGAGAACACAUCAAAGUUGCCAUAUUCUGCUCCACUUCUGACAUCUGACCUCCACUUCAAAUCUUGGUUAUAGAUAUUGGCUUCUGGACCACAAGUAGGGCAGCAAAUGCGAACGUUGGCAGGUUCACAUGACACAUUCAGUUUUGGCAUAGCCACCCCAACACCAGAUGUCAGUCUCAUGGACAUGCUCCGGGAACCAGCAGUUUGGCUGAACCACCAGUUCACCAUGACUUCUGAACUGCCCAUAAUAAAGCCUAACAUCUGACAACCAAGGCCCAGCCAUAAAAAUCUAACAGCCCCAAAAUUACCUAUGGGGAAAAACAAAAUGUGAAAAAUUAACAUCUGCCUAAACCCAGAGAUUUUUAAAUCUCCUUCAGCACUACAUUAAUGCUUGGCAUUGUGUGUGUGUGUUUCUCUCUCUUUUGAGCAGAUUUGUAAAUAUUCAUCAUGGAAAGUGUUGUAUAUAUUUUAAGUCAAUUUCUUCUCUAUUCCACUGCAUAUAUCUGUAGAGUCAGCUUGCAAUGUAACUUUUUGUUAUGCAUGGAGUUGAAUCAGGCUUUCUAUCCAUCAGUGUUUCAAGAGCCUUAAGCAUGAGUGCCCAGAUUUUUGAAUGUACAAGGCUUUUUAAAGAAUUAACUGAUUUUUAUACUUUUCUUAAUUAUUUUGAGCAAACGGGGGGAAAUGGAAAUGUUAAGGAAAUUGGACAUUGAGAUGUUAAACAUGUAGACAUGUUCCUUCACUUGAAGUGUUUGGUCUCAAUAAGAUUGUAAAGAACCAUCAGCCAGUAUUUGUUUUAAAUUUUAUUUGAGGCAAACAAGUGCUUGUAUUAUGUGGAAAAAAUAUUUGAUUUGUUCAGAGCAGGGGAAAUGAUUUGAAUGAAUCACCUUUUUAAAAUAUAUAUAUAUAUAUAUAACCAUUAUUUGAAUAAAAAUCAUGGCUUUAAAAAAACUGAAAUGUAAAAUGGACAAAGCACAUAUUGCCAAGCUUUUAGAAGUUUUAUCUUCUGAAGAACUAUACCAUUAUGGAUUUUCAUAGUGGACGACUUUGGAAGAUUCCAGAGUCAUUAAGAUUCAGUGGAUAAGUUGAUUCCUUAUUGGGAUUAAACCUUUAUAGGUACACAUUUUUUAAGACCACUUUAAAAGAAAAGAGAUAAUUAUCUAAGGAAAAUUGUCAACAUUAUCUGAACUUUAAGUGUACCAGUAUAUACGAAUGGCUGUAUUUAUGUAUUUUUUUUGGUCAAAAUUGUAUAUAUUGUUUUAUCUAGCGUUAUUGUCUAAAAGUGCUUUCUUCUAGUUGAAAAAGUAUUAUCUAGGGGUCUGUGGGGGUGCCAGCCAAGCUGCUAAUCAAGUUUUUUAAAUAUAUAUAUAAAUGUUCAAAGAGAGCUGAAGAAAAAUGGAGAGUGUCCUGUACAGUUUACUUCUUUUGGUCACGCUUUCCUGAAAAGUAAACUAGUCUCAGACAGCACAAAGCUAAGCUAUAGCCACAUCUGUCAUGAGGAAGGAGUGUUGUUUUGCUGAUCGUUUUUAAACAUUGGGAAAAUAAAUUAAGGGGAAAAAACCUGUUGUAGUUGACCAUUAUUUCCAGAAUGUUUUCUUCAGAAAUGCAUCAUAUCAUAGUUCUUCUUUAGAUUAUGUUCUAUAGUGAUCAACUAUAAUUAGGCAUAUAUUAUAAGCAUACAGAUAGGUCCAUCUAGUGGAUUAUUCUGAAUUUUGCCAUAGGGAGCACAUGCUCAGUUUAAUAAUUCCUGGUCAACACUUAACAUAAUAGAAAGUCUAUCACUGCAGAAGUUACUUAAAUGAAGUACCAAUUAGAUUUCAUUAUGGAUCUACUGCUUGGUCUUGCCAUAUUUAAGUUUAAGAAAAUGUAUUACAAGUACUUGAACACAUUUUAAAAAUUGUAAUAAUGUUAUAUUGUUUGUUAAAUGAAUGAUCAUAGUCACCCUGAGUACUCCAUUUUGGUGAGGAAAGGCACAAAAGAAUUUAUGAAAUAAAUAAAAUAUUGAUAUUAUUAUUAUCAAAUAUAUAA